AUGAGCAGAUAUGGCUGUCCGUUCCUCUCUGAAAGUGGGGUCGGAGAGGACUACAACAGCAUCUCGGAUGUCUGUAAGAAUCUGGAUCGGUGGAUGGCGGAGAUGUCGCAACAUAAUCGGCAGCCGGCAUGGAAUGGUUCCACCCAAGAACAGGUCCUCGAAGAUAGUUUUGAAGACGAGUCUCUUCGCAGCACCAUUGCCGCUUUCUCAGCGAGGUGGUUACCUCUUGCCUCUCAAUCUCGAGAUGCGACCCUUGCUUACCAGGGCGUCAUACUCGCGCUGUGGCGCCAUGCGAGACGGGAUAUGCUCCGUGUGAUCAACCGACCGUCUUACCAGUCAAUGCUCGCACUCUUUCUGUUCGCCUUGACCCCGGUUCCAGCAGGAAUUUCGGAGGAAGAAGAGGCUGAUGGGAUUUCUGGCCAAGCUUGUAUUCAUGCCGCCCUACAGCAUAUACAGACUCUUCGAGCUCGGCAGCGAAGCCUGCAGUUCAACGGCACCAGAGUUUCACAGCCCAUGAAAUCGACCGACGGCCCGCCCAACUUGGAGCUGAACAGGGCCACGGAUUUUAUUACCGCCGAGAACAUAGCGUAUUGGGCGGCACUGACCUUUGACACAUCGGCCUCGCUCACCCUUAACUGCCGGCCUCUACUUUCCUCCGGUCUUUUUGGCUUUGAGGCCGAGUUACCGUGGCGUCUAGUCCGGGCUGGGGCAACUAUAUUUCAAACUAAGCUAGAGAACAAGCAGGCCCACGGCCACCACAAUAUGACGGAUGAGCAGGCCAACCAGAUCAUAGCAAGUGGGAUGGCAUGGAAGCUUUUCGCGUGGAAAUUAACUGCAGUCUUUAAGGAAGCGUUACGGGAUGGUCAUGAUGAAUCUGAGGUUCAAAGAGUAUUUUCGUUGGUGGUCGGGGCAAUACAUCAGUUUAAUACUAUAUACCGUCCUCCCUUGGAGGCGUGCCAAAGGCGCAUGCCGUUCCUUGGGCAGCACACCAAGCUCCGAUGGUACUCGCUAAUGCUCCACUAUUACCUCAGCAUAUUGUUGCUGGCCAACAUUAUUGAGGCUACAGAUCGCUUCGACUUGCUUGCUGAUAUAGAAGUGGCCUAUGCGGACGCAGAGAGUGUGGUUGUGAACACUUUAAUGUUCGGCCUUCAAAAUACCGUCAAGUUGAGUGUAAAGGUGGAAUCUAAAUCGCACGAUGAUGUAGGAGUUACUCAGACGUCCAUCAUCGCUCCUUUCGUCUCCAUAGACCCCUAUCCGCACCAUGUCGUCGCUGGUGUGCAGCUUGUUCAAAAGGCCGCCGACCGAGAGCUGGCGCGGGGGAAGAUCAGCCAAGGUGCUCAUGAAAACUUGCGAGCUGUUUUGGAGAGGACUUUGGGACAUCUUCCGCAGAGUUCUAAAUCGGUUAAAGCACUCAGGGAUACAUUCUCCAAGGGGCUGCAACGCGAAGGGGGAGAGCCGCCAAUGCCGUACUCUGUUUAA